AUUCUGGUUCACGGUGAACAGAAUGAAAUGCUUCGUUUGGCUGGAGCGCUUCAGCGUGAAUACGAAGAUGAUGAAACUUGUCGUUUGGAAUUGUUUACACCCAAGAAUUGUGUCCCCGUCAAUCUACGAUUUCGUGGCGAGAAAAUUGUCAAGGUAUUAGGUAGUUUGGCUCGUAAUUUGCCCAAAGAGGGUCAGUCCAUUUCGGGCGUACUAGUGAAGAAGAAUUUCGCUUACCACAUUCUCACUCCGGGAGAAUUGCCUACUUAUACGGAAUUGGCUACAACUACGGUCAGUCAACUCAUCUCUAUCCCUUUCACCGGUAGUGCAAAUCUGUUGAAAUUUCACCUCACUUUGUUGGCUGGCACUGUCAAGCUGCUCGUGGAAGAACCUAAUCUAGUCCAGUUUUGUGUUUUCGGUACGGUAACCGUAUCAUGGCGACCACAACAAGUUCACCUGGAGUGGCAGUCAAAUCCAACUAACGAUAUGUACGCCGAUGCCGUGCAAAACGUUGUGCUUCGCGCAGCCAUGCAAGGAUUACCUCCUCGAGGUUUGCCUCAACUUGUCGAACCAGAAAAGCAGCAUUUACAUACUGCAUUGGAGAUCACCUUGCAAGACGCUUUUGGAACCCACUGUUUGGAAACGGAUCAGAUCGAUCCGGAGGCUUCGUACGUUCGAGUCCGCGUGGACUCUCACGUAGCUGAGAUUGACUUAGACAACUUGACCGUCCGUUGUGAAACGAAUCCAAAACUGGAGCAUAUCAUCCGAGUGAUGGUACAUCGAUUAAAUCAUUGCAUCUCGGCCGUAUGA